GGGGGAUGGGAAUGAGAUUUCUGGGAGGGGCUUUAUAGUGACCUCACACCUCAUAUAUUCUAAGUCUGAACCGGCAUUUUCUAAAUAUUCAGCCUUUAAUCAAACCGCAGUGCACCGAAACCUUACAUCUAUACAGCAUCUGUCAGUUUGACCUCUGUAUCCUUCACGGGUCCGACAAAGACGUAGAGCUUCAAGGAUGAAGAUUGAAAAUAUCCUGCCUUGCUCUCAGCUCCCUGAGGUUCCUCCUCAGACUGGCCUACAGUUCACUGUGGCAACAGAGGAAGACUUUGAUGACAUCAUGGCCAUGAGUAAGGACAUCUACGGUGGCUUGGACUAUCUGCCCUCCCGUUAUCAAGAUUGGCUAUCGGAGAGCAAUCGCGUUGUCAUUUUGGCUCACAAACAAGGCAAAGUGAUUGCGCUGGAGUCAGCAUGUGUUAUUGAUGAUGGCGAGACCAUGCUGGUGGAAGGACUUCGCGUUGCCCCACAGGAAAGGGGGAAAGGUGUCGCAGGGGUGCUUCUUCGGUUUUGUUCUCAGCUGGUUAAGUCAAAGUUCCCUGACGUUAAAUUCUGCCGAUUGACCAGAGAUGACCAACUGGGGCCGAAAGACUUCCAGAAGUACCGACUCAUCACCAAACAGGGAAUCCUCCUGGUGCGUUUCCGAGCUGAAGACCUAAAAUUACGCCUUGCUGAUCUUGGGUCUAAUAUAAGUAUUGCAGGGAACGGCAUGUUCCCCACAAACAUCCCAGUCCGUUUGGAGCCCGCAGAGGUCCAUCAGCUUUUCCUAAGCGAUGUUUUAAUGCAAGACGUCCUCCCCAAUGCCACCAUCGUUCAAGACUGGCAGCCCUUCAAGCCUCUUCCAAGCAACAUGGCCAUCUUGAUGAAGAAGAACAUUGAUUGGAUGGUUGAUGAUGCCAGGAACCCGACCAUGGCCAGCCUGUGCACCUUCCCAUUCCCUGUGCCAAUCGGGGAUGACUGGUACUACCUCAACAUCGAUAUGUUCGGCAAAGACUUAGGGCUGGCCACACAACAGCUCUUGUGCCACCUAAGGUGCCACACUAGCGUAUUGAACGGUUAUGUCAUGUGUCAGGUGUUCCUGGAACCUGCGCUGUGGAAGCCUAUGGCCGAUUUCCUUAGGGAGACCCUUAAGGUGGAGCUGGUGAAAGAAUACACAGAGCAGUGCGUUGUGGAGUCGGAUGUUAUUUAGUUGAAGGAUUACAGCGAAGGGUUAGGAGCGUCACAAAUCCUCUCCCAUUAAAAUUAGACACCAAACUUAAAAAAUUUCCUUAAAAAAAAAAACAAUAUAGCCUCCAAGAUAAACCAAUUAAACCAUAGAUUCGGUCAUUUUAAUUUUCUUAAAUUAAUUAUAGGAUUUUGUUUAACAAUUAAUGCAUUACAGAACAAGUAAAUAACUUCAUUCAAUUAGAAUGCAGUCAAACACUGUAGACGUUUGUUUAGCGAAGCAUUUGCAGUACUGUGAACACCGACGGGGGGACAAUUGCCCCUGUAAAAGAGGGGAGCAAUAACAUUAAAUAAGGACCCAGACUUGUCCCAGGCCCACCAUUUCUGUUAGCAUCACUGACAGUGGACGCAUAUUUACUUAUGCUAAGAUGCAAAGAAGACUGCACAAUCUUUAGGGCACUUUAUGAUCAAAAAAUUGGAUCUGACUUUAGUGUAUGUUGCUUUUAAAAAUAGCACUGUAGCUGCUAAUAUUUAGAGGAAAUCGAAUCGAAUUUUAAACUGACAGACCAUCAGAUAUUCAGAUCUUUAAACCUCUUUAAAAUGAUAGGUUUCCUCAGGGGAAUUAAUUUUAGACUAAACAUCUUUGCUGAUCAUUUUUCUGAUAUGCUCCUCAGAAAAUUGCAGUCGUUUAAACAUUUCCUCUAAACGUAUUUUGCGGUGUUUAAACUCGGUAUCUAAAUAUAUGCUUAUAUGUUUAGAUUACAGUCUCAGAUUUUUGCUUUUUUUAGUACUUGAACUUAUUUUGUUGUGUCAGUGUUUGUAUCUAACUGUUGUGCAAAGUGUCAGUUUUAAUAACACACUUGAAUAUUGCUAGUUGUACAUUCAGUUAGAUAUGAUAAGAAACUAAUAGUAAAACACGUGUACAAGAAAUAUUUUUUUCUUUAAUUUAUAUUUUAUUUGUAAAUUAAUUUAAAACUUACUGGUACGGUUUAAGUGACAGGAUAACAUUUGAAAAUAAUAUUUAAUCAAAAUGACAGAAAAUAUAAUUAGGGACAUAUACAGUAUAUAUAUAUAAAUACAUGUUUGUGUAAAUGUUUUUCUAGAUAAAAAAUAGAGAUAAUUUAUAUGCAAUGCCUCAACCUGCAGUGAAAUUAAAACAUAUUUUUCCCGAAAAAAUUACAUCAUAGAAACAUUGGAAUACAAGCUUUCAGUUUAUGGAUAUAUACCAAAAUAUUGGUUUUCAAAUUUUUCGGUGAUUUAUUCAUGGAAUCACAAAAGCGAAAACUUCAUUUUCUGGACAUGCUUCUGAGAAAAACAAAACACCUAUUAAGACAGGGAAAGUGAAGUGUAUGAAACCCGAUGGAAAAGAACAUAUGAAAUGCUCAUUUUCAAGAUAAAGAAGAUACAGGACACAUAUACCCUCCUUUUGGCCUUGUCUAGUUAAAGCGGAAGGAGAGAAAAACUGCAAAAUAUUACCAACCCAGAUGAAGAAAGAAGAAAUCAAAGAUCCCCAGACACAUAUUCACUUUCUUUUCCAAACCCAGUGUGCUGUUUGUUUUAACCCCGAUUUAUAACAAACACACAGCACCUACGAGCAAUUGCAAUUUAAUGUAUAAAAUCUAUCAUACAAAUAACUUUUGCAGUUCUCACAAAGUCCACCUACAACGAUAAGCCAGGUUUGAAAAAUGAGAAUCUGUGUCUACUAAACCAAGCUGAUUUUCUGUAUUACUAAUAAUUUAUCUGUUGCUUUGAUUUAUGAACAUUCAUCAUCUGCUGAUGUAAAGGAGGCUGUCUCCUCCAUUCGGACAUCUGCAUGUUGGACGUUUGUGUGACGGAAUUGCAAUGACUAGCAGGCAGCCUGGCAAAUGAAAGUCAGGUCCUAAAUAAUUAUGGCCCAAUUAUUGCUAUGGCAUAACUACUGAAUAUAUGUGGAUAUAUGCAUAUACUGUAUGUAUAGGUGUAUAUAUAGAUAUUAUUUUUAUUUAUUUGUUUGUUUGAUUUUUUUGUUGUAAGCAAGAGGGGACCUGUGUUAAAAUACUUUGAUGGCUGAAACCUCACAAUCUUUCAUGUCUGCCAUGUGCUUUCAAAGGAAAUGAUCAAAAUCAGUUUUAAAAUAUAUGGCUGAAGCACAAGCAGAAAACCAUUAGUAACUCCAAUCAGUGAAUAUUGACCUAAAGUGUGAACUACAAAUUAUGUUAGACUCAAGCUUCUGUCUUUGGUUUUGGAUUCACUUUUUCCCUCUUAAAGCACACACGAUAAUUAGACAUGAUAGACUAGAGACCCCGAAUGUAUGUGGUAUGCAUUUUUAUUUACAUGGUGCAGUGUAUUUAGAUUUAAAUGUGUUAUUUCAAUUUACAUUAGUGGUAGAAGGUUUUUAUGCUCUGUGUUUAGAUGUUACUCUCCAUUCGUUAAUUUUUUUCAACUAUAAUGUGAAUGACGUGGUAAUUUAGUUAUCAUAGAAGAAUGAACUCCACUUUCCUUUUAAGCACUUUUAACAUCUAAUUGCCUUUUUAAACUGUGCAGGAGGUCAUAACCCUAGAAAUGACAGACGUUCCAGUGCCAGGGCCAGAAGUCUAUAAAAGGUUAGAAGAAUGUGACCACCUGAUUGUUACACUGACAUUUCUUUCAAUUAUGAAGUGGCUUUUCACUAUCUUUUUCUGGAAUGGAAAAAUGAGACAGGUUGCAGAGGGAGAUGAGAGAUUGAGCCAGGGCUAUUCUAGGAAUAGGUGAUGAGGCGAGGACAUGUGACCCAGAUCACGUUACCACUCCAAAAAUGAGUAAACAUUCAUUUUGUAUUAUAAAAAUGACAAUGACAAGUUAUGUUUGUUCGGAAUUAUCUACAGCGCCUUAUUUGUGACAAAAGGGAAAUCAUUUUUAGCAAGAGAGCUUGCAGAAAUGUAAUGUAGGAGGAUAUAACAUAGAUUGACCAAAUAAGACUGAACAUUAGGGGUGUGACGAGACACUUGUUUCACGAGAUGAAAUCACAUCAUUUUGAAACUAAGCUUUUAACUAAUCUACGACUGUCACCAGCAACUAUUUUAGGUCAUUGAUAAUAAAGUAAUUCGUUUUUUGGUUAUUAAAAUAGUAAGCAAUAACUUUGUAAAAAAACUGCAUUAUGUAUUAUAACAAAUUCCUGCAGAGGGCGCCACUGGACUCACGAUUGUUAUUUUUACUCUCAUUUUAGAUUCAGAAAAUGCGUCAUUUUGGCCAAACAGUGUUUAAAUCUAUUUAAAUCUUGAAUACGUCUUUACAAUAGGCAUGAUACAGCCACUGUAAUUCAUGUAAAUGUGGCACGAGACCUCGUCACACCCCUACUGAACAGGAUGUGUCCUACUGUAUACUCUUUAUGAUAUCUUAGUUGCACAUUGCUUGGUUUUUCAGAUUCAGCACUGAAGUAACACCACAAGUGUUAAGACCUAAGAAAGCUAAUAUAUACACCGAGACUUGUAAUCUUGUAUGACCGUGGGCCAGUUAGGGUUUCAGGGCUUGUUUCCAAGUAAGAGACACUGAAUACAAAGGGUGUCAUCUUGCGUAGAACAAGGGUUCAGCCCCAGACACCCUUUACUUUCCAUUUGAUCUGCUUCAGCUUGACACUACAGAGAGGGUCACAUGGAAAGAGUGAGCAGGCGGGGUUAAAAUAAGAAUAGGUAGUUCAAAUCCUGUCAUACUAAUGUCUUUUGCCACAUUGCUGCUCAGUGUGUAUUCCUAAUUUUUAUAUUUUAACUGUAUUUCAUGUAUGUAUUUAUUUAUUCUUUUUUUUUGUCAUUUUACUGACUGCUUUUUUAAUGUUUAUGAAGGGCUUUGUAUGUGUGUUAGAAGCAGUGGUAACACUUCACUAUGGGGGUGCAAAUAAUCCUGUAUUGAUUAAAUGAAUGAUUAAUAAAUGAACGGACUAAUCCGGAUUUAAGUAUUAACCUUAACUACAAUGUUACAAAAUGAUAAUUUGAUUCUAAAACUAUGCUAAAUGUGACCGUUCUUCACACACAAAUCCUUAGGAAGUCAUCAUGAUCCCCCCAUGGUAAAGUGUUAGUAAAUAGGCUAUGUAUUGACGUUUUGUGAAGGAAAAUGAAGGGGAAACCACCAGGGAGAUGUCACUAUUCAAACGUUACAAAACUGGAAACUAAACUUUAAGCAUGUUGUAAGUAAUAUCAUUUGAAUUGCUGAUUUGCACUCUCAGAGCUUCUCCUCUGGUUGUUUUUCAUAGAAACAAUAUUUUCAGCAAUGGCUAAAACACAGGUAUUUUCACCUGUAUGCACUAUGCUGUUUAGUACAUUCAAUCUACAAAUCUGCUGCAAGGAAAUCCCAAUGCAAAGUGCAUUUUAUGCCAUAACAUUUCAGAUGAGAUUUGAAUUGUCUACUGAAUUAACCAUUCAUCAAACUAUUCUGAUGUGUUGCACUUUAUACUGUAGAUAUGUAGAUAUAUCAAAGCACACUGGGGGGAUUUUCGUAAAACAUCAGUGUGCAAAGCUUUGUCAAUCAUGGUCAUUCAGAGGAUUACUAUAUUUUUUGUAAUUGUUCCUAUUGGAGCAUAGGCCUAACGCAUAAUGUCAAAGAUAUUAUAGAUAUUUUUAUUGGUGUGCGCUCCUCGCUUGAUAUCUAUAGUGGUGAUGAAACUCCUACUUAAUGACCAUAGUCUGAAUAACCUGUCUGAUACUGGCUUUAAGGUAAUGACAUAUUUACUAUCAGCAAACCAGGGACCAUGAUUUCUGUAGAUCUCAAGAAGUUGGUGGUUUGAAUGUCCUUGUCAUCCAUUCUCUUGAUGCACCAGUGGCUAUUGAGUUUGUGUCUUCCCAUUAGCCCAAAAAACAAACUGGGUUUCGUGUUUUGUACAAGUAGAAUUUUCGACAAUGAUCCGUAAUGGGAAAUCGAUGUUUAUGGGUCUAUAGACCAGGAAACUCUUGGCCAACUGUCAAUCAAGAGGGUGAAUACAGUUUAAAUGCUAUAAAGGCAUUUGGAUUAUAGGAAUUUUCUUUUUUUAUUACCCAAUAUGACUGCUUAUUCUCAAGCAGUGAUGUGACAAGUAAUGGAAAAGUAUGUCAGUAUUUUGUUAAAUUGUCUGUUUCUUGUUCAAAAAUUGUGAGAGAUGCAGAACUAUUUUAAAUACAGUAAUUUUUUAAAAGCCUUAUAAUCCACGAGAGGUUUUUGAAAUGUGCAUGUUGUGUGAGUGGUGGGGCUUUAUAAUGAGCAUGUGGCUAGUUUACAUUGAGCACAAUUUCCCUGUACUAAUUGAUACUCAGAACCAAAUGUGUAAUUGAUGGUAACGGACAAAUAAACGGUGUAAGUUUAGACAGGGUAUGUAAGACGAAAUGUUUUUGAACACUAGUCAAAUACAUACAGGACACAUUUUUAGAGACUUUGUUAACUGCAAUGAACUUUUUUCUAUUUUUGCUUGCGAUAUGUUAGUAUUGUGAUAGUAUGCAUCUCUAUAUAUCUUCCUUUGUGUAUUUAACAAACAACUUAUCUUCAGCAUCUUUACAUGCAGUUUGCAGUAAUAUUUAGAAAGUUACAUCUUAAAGUCAAUAUUACAGUACACAUUUAACACUGUUAGAAUGCAGAGUACCUGUGAGUUGUUAUUGUUUGUGUUAGUAUUACUCUUUUGUUGCUGCUGUUGUUUUAUUUGUAGUUUUUGUGUUUGUUUUUAUUCUGAUCAGAGAUGUACAGGACAAAAGUAAAUGUUCAAUUGAAUAAUUAAUAUAAUCCUGGAUGAUGAACUAGUUUUCAUUCCCAAUUAAUUUCCUUUUAUUUAAGUUAAAUCUGCCUUUACACAUUUCAACAAUGAUUGUUAAUAGGAAACAUUUAUUGUCCAGAAUCAAGUGUCAACACUGCAAAUAACCAAGAAGAUAAGACCCUAUUUUAAAAACUCUUCCAACCCAUAAACUCAUAACAUAGUCGAAAUUCUAAUGAUGAACAUUUUUUAUUUAAUGCAUUUGUCAUAAGCUUAUAUCUAAAGUGACUUACAAUGCAUUAGUGAUAUACAAUUACAUUUUUAUCAGUUUGUGUGUUCCCUGAAAAUCAACCCAUGACUUUUCUGGCACCAUGCUUCAACAGUUUAGCUAAAGGAACUCCUGUAGUUUAGAAAUCUGUUUUACUUUUGUAGUUCAGUUGGAGCUUUUAUUACUGCAUUGUUAUUGAAGACAAAUAGAGUCACAAGCUGUAGAGAAUCUCGGUUAAAGAGGCAUUUUGUUGUAUUUUUGCAGGUAUCACUUCGUCUUGUGCAUAUUAACUUGUUUACAUUUUAAAGAGUAAAUAUUUUGUCAGCGUAUAUGUCUUGACCAUUGUAAACCAGUAACUAUACCGAGCACUUAUUUAAUGGCAACAGAUGUAAUAUUCCUUUUCAAGAAAGACAAUAUGGCAGAAAACAAACCUUAUAUGAAGACCUGUGACUAAUACUUUGUUGUUUCAUUUGAUUUGUUAAAUGACUGGGACGAGUUUUAGCCUACUAUAGUUGCAAUGCAGUGAACAAAAUGUAUCCAAAUAGCUGUUUAGAUGUGUCAUUCUAAGAUAAGUGAUGUUUUGAAUUGAUGUAUUAAUAUAAGUAUGCUUUAUUUUUUAAUGGUUAAUCUUUUAAA